AUGGACACGUUAAUUUCUACCAACUCGAUCAAAGUCGCCCCAAGCCUAUGUGCCAACUGCUACGCUCACACCAAACCACAAUUCCUGCCACAACAGGACUUGGGAGCAACAAUUAUCUCGUCCACGAACACGACCACACGGCCGCUAAGCCAACACGGAGAUCAUGACACGGCCCGCGCUACUGGAGUGAGGUCUAAAAUCUGGACAACUCCCCUUCAUAUUUCCGCCACUCACGGUCAUCUCUGGGCGGUACGCCUCCUUCUUGACCACGGUGCCGAUCCUAACGCCAUUGACGGAGCUGGCUCCACUGUCCUGCAUACAGCCGUCCAGCGCGGCCACCACGCCAUCGUGCGGGAGCUGCUUCGGUAUAAUGCGGAUCCGAGUUCGGUGGACAGGCUAGGGUGGCUACCGUUACAUUAUGCUGCAGAGGCAGGCGAUGAAAAUUGUAUGCGGGCAUUAUUGCAGACAGGUGGGGGGUAG